AUGGCGUCCUCUUCAGCGCCGGCCACGCCGCUAUUCUACUCCUGCAUUGCGCAUAAAACCACAAUCCUCGCAGAAUGCACCACCUCGGCGUCCUCGCAAACCUCGUCGCUCGCGUCCCUCAUUCUACCCAAGAUCGAGCACAGCACGCCGCAGAAGUUGACGUACACCCACGGCCAAAACCAGAUCCAUUAUGUGUCCGAGGCGCCGUCGGAGCAUCCCAACCACCCUGCGGCUGGCGGGCUCACGUUCCUGGUGAUUGCCGAUGCGUCGCUCGGCCGCCGCGUCCCGUUCGGCUUCCUGCUGGAGAUACGCAAGCGCUUCUUUGAGCAGUUUCCCGAGAGCAGCGACUUUUCAGACAUGCCAAACUACGGCGCCGGGUCGUUCAACGCGGAGCUGAGGAGCCUGAUGGUUGACUACGGAACCACCAGCGGCGGCAGGGACGACGCCAUUGGCAACGCGAAGCGCGAGAUUGACGACGUCAGAGGCAUCAUGACCAAGAACAUUGAGAGUCUGCUGGAGCGGGGGGAGAGGCUCGAUCUUUUGGUCGACAAGACGGAUAGGCUGGGGAGCAGUGCGCAGGACUUUAGGGUACGCAGCCGCGGCCUGAAGCGCCAAAUGUGGUGGAAGAACGUCAAACUCAUGGGGCUCCUCGGACUGGUCAUCUUCCUGAUAAUCAUGGUGAUGGUCAUUGCUAUUAAGAAUGCUGUUUCGACAUAG